AUGCUUGAUAAUGCACCUGGCUCCCAGGGAGCAGCUCUGGCCUGCAAAGGAGGACAAAAAGGUGGUUUGAAGAGUGGAGAGUUCGAGGAGCGCGAAGCCGCGUGCGACGCGUCCUGCGUGCCGGACGUCGGGGCGCCCGCCGCCGACGGUGCCGGUCCGCGAGCUGCAGUCCUUGCGGGCGCCUCGUGGCCGCCGGCCCAGCAGUCGCCCAGCCCUGCGGGCUCUUGUGCGGCGACCGACCGCGCCGCUGCCACGGCCGCCGCGCAGCAGCAGCGCGCGCGGCCGACGAGUGACGUCGCCGCCACCAGCAAAGGCACCGCAGGGGCCUCUUGGAUGCGCGCUUUUGCGUGCUGCUUCGCGCCGGCGCCCCCCUCAAUGCACGACGCUGGCGCCGGCGGCGCGCCAAGCGCACGCAAGCAGCAGCAGCAGCCCUGCGACGCCGCGGCGCGCGACGGCGCAGACGUC